GAACAGAGGUUUCUGUAGGGUUUUAAGUUUUGUUUUUGUUGUUGUUUUGCUGGGGAAGAAGAAGAAGAAGCAGAGGCAAAUACAAAUACAGCUUUCAAAUCGACUUGCAAAAACACAACUCAAGUUUUGUUAAUUUUUUCUAUUCAAUUAUAUUUUCUUCCUCUUGUCCUUUUUUUUUUUUUUUUGUCUGGGCGAUUCAAUUUUGGAAUUGAACUUGAAAAAUCUCUUUCGGUGUUUAGAUUUUGUUUUCAGGAGAAAUGAUUCUUCCAUAUUCGACACAGUUCACUUGCCCUGUUCAAGAAAAUGGAUUUAGCUCUUCCCUUUUAUUAUUUCCCCAUUUCCAAAGACAUCGUUUUGACGUUGUCGGUUCGGUGAAGAUUGCUUCCUCCUCCUAUUCGGGGAAUGUUACGAGGUCAAGAAGAAAUGUGAAAGCUUUUGGGUUAGUUGAUAAACUUGGGAAAAAGGUAUGGAGAGAAAAAGAAGAAGAUAGUGACAGUGAAGAUGAGGAAGAUGAGGAAGUGAAAAAAGAUACCUCUGGAGAUGAAGCGAGUCUUGAUGAUCCAGAAGAGAGAAGGGAAUGGAGGAAGACGAUAAGAGAUGUGAUUGAUAAGCAUCCAGAUGUGGAAGAAGAUGAAGAGAUUGAUAUGGUUGAGAAGAGGAGGAAGAUGCAAAAGCUUCUUGCUGAUUACCCACUUGUUGUGAAUGAAGAGGAUCCUGAUUGGCCUGAGGAUGCUGAUGGUUGGGGGUUUAGUUUCAACCACUUCUUUAACAAGAUAACGAUUAAGAAUGAAAAGAAGGAGGAUGAUGAUGACGAUGAUGAAGGAGAUGAUAGUGAGAAGGAGAUUGUUUGGCAAGAUGAUAACUAUAUACGCCCGAUUAAAGAUCUCACAACUGCAGAAUGGGAGGAGACGGUGUUCAAAGAUAUCAGUCCUCUCAUGGUUCUUGUUCACAACCGCUACAAAAGGCCAAAGGAAAACGAAAAAUUCAGGGAAGAAUUAGAGAAAGCGAUUCAGGUAAUAUGGAACUGUGGACUUCCUUCACCAAGGUGUGUUGCUGUUGAUGCUGUGGUUGAGACAGAUUUAGUCUCUGCAUUGCAAGUAUCUGUGUUCCCAGAGAUCAUCUUCACUAAAGCCGGAAAGAUACUAUACCGUGAGAAAGGCAUUAGAACAGCAGAAGAGCUUUCAAAAAUCAUGGCCUUCUUCUAUUAUGGAGCUGCAAAACCACCUUGUUUAAAUGGUGUGGAUAAUUCACAAGAACAGAUUCCUUUAGUCGAUGUAAGUGUCAAUUAAGCAUAAGCCUUUGUGAUCUUUGUAAUGUAUGAACUAAAGAAGUAAUCAAUCUUUUGAAUGUGAAAUAUAUGUUUUCUUUUGUUUU